AUGGCGGAAGCUGCUGGAGGCGUUCCCACCUUCAAGCUCGUCUUGGUCGGUGACGGCGGGACUGGAAAGACUACUUUCGUCAAACGCCACUUGACAGGUGAAUUCGAGAAGAAGUACAUUGCUACGCUCGGUGUCGAAGUUCACCCUCUUGGCUUCUCAACCAACCUUGGUCAGAUCCAGUUCGAUGUCUGGGAUACCGCAGGUCAAGAGAAGUUCGGUGGUCUAAGAGAUGGUUACUACAUCAAUGGCCAGUGCGGUAUCAUCAUGUUCGACGUCACGUCCAGAAUCACAUACAAGAACGUCCCCAACUGGCACCGUGAUCUUGUACGUGUCUGCGAAAACAUCCCCAUCGUCCUCUGCGGCAACAAAGUCGACGUCAAGGAGCGCAAAGUCAAGGCCAAGACCAUUACCUUCCAUCGCAAGAAGAACCUCCAGUACUACGAUAUUUCCGCCAAGUCCAACUACAACUUCGAGAAGCCUUUUCUGUGGCUAGCACGAAAACUCGUUGGCAACCCUCAACUCGAAUUUGUCGCUGCUCCCGCCCUUGCCCCGCCUGAGGUUCAGAUUGACCAGGCACAGCUCGACCAGUACCACAAGGAGAUGACCGAGGCCGCAGCGAUGCCCCUGCCGGAUGAGGAAGAUCCUGAUUUGUAA